AGAUCCUUCUAUGCGGCCCUCUCUGGUGAAAUUCACUCCUUAGAGGAUGCUGGUUGCAGCAGGGAAGAUACCCAAGGGUUGUUGGGAGAAGUCGAUGGCGUAAUGUACGUAACGUGCUUGGCAUGGAGCGGGGUUUGGAGCGGGCCCCGAUGAAUGCUUCUCUGCCAGCAUGGGGAAGGAGUCCUCAUCCUAGUCUUCUGUGACUCAGACACUGUUCUUAGUCUCUGCUCUGAGCAUGGAAAGAGGCGACUGGGGUGUAUGGAUUUGGCACAGGACUAAUAUAUCAACUGUUCUAACUUGGACUCCAGGUGCUAUGAGCUGAUGCCUAGAGCAGGCUACUCCCCACAACAGCCCAGCAUGCAGCCUCCUUAAGCCCCCACAGUGCUGCCCUUGAGACACAAAUCCCUGACCAGCAAAGGGGCCUAAGGACUCCUGGGAGGAGCCAGAGAGUCUAAAUUUUUCCACCCUCAGGUCCAGAAGGUGACAGAUGGGGUCUCACUUUGCCACUGGGCUCAGCCCACUGAGCUCCCCUGUCUCCCAGGAGAGACCUUCUACUCCCAUCUGCCAGUCCUCCCUCAUCUAUCUGCCUUGAGCCAGAGCAUUGAGUGGCUAGUGCAUGCACACUCGUUAUAGUGUCUGCACGCAGAGGAGCAUGUGUGGGAGAGUGCAUGUCAUGCCUCAGGACAGCCUGGCCAAGCAUGGUCGCUGAGACCUGUGUGGCCCACCUUGGAUGAGCAGGGACGCGGUACCAUUGCAUGCUUGUGUGUAUCCAUAUGUCUUUCUACACGUGUGCUGGUCUGUUGGUCUGUCUUGUCUCCCCUGUAGACGGGAAGCCCCCCCAAGUCACACGCCAGCUCUGGGAAGGUGACAUCGAGACUAGCCCAGACUUUUCUGGGGUUCCUGGUCCUGCCCCAGAAGUCCUCCAGCCUGCAGCCCCCACCGAGGAGGGAGGAUUGACCGCCACAGGGGUGGGAGCCAGAGUGCCAGGGACCCAGCAGUUUCUGGGCAGUAGUGUAGAGGACGCAGUGCUGUACCAAUACCUGUGUGAGCUCGGGCAAGUCCUGGACUCUCUCUGGAGCAUUCUUCCCUCACCCAGACAACACAGUGUGGGAUCGAUGAGUUCUGGCUGCCCCUCAGACUCUUGAGUAUCACUGUUCAAAGUCAGGUGGCCAGAGCCUGCUAAAUUCGCUGGUGGAUCAGUCCUGGGUGUGCUGCUGAAGGGUGAGAGGAGAAGCCAUGCCAGGCAGCGGCCCCACCGAGAGGAUGACGUGGCCAGGCCCGACCCUCCCCGCGGCCCCCCCAACCCGCCCUCUCUCCUCAGCCCCGGGGACACCGCCCAUCCCGCCCCUCACUCGGACCCGCAGCCUCAUGGCCAUGUCCCUACCCAGCAGUAGGCGGACCCCGGCUGGAACCCGCAGGCGCACCUCUCCACCUGUGAGCGUGCGGGAUGCCUAUGGCACUUCUUCUCUCAGCAGCAGCAGCAACUCAGGCUCCUGCAAGGGCAGUGACAGCAGCCCCACACCCAGACGCUCCAUGAAGUACAUGCUGUGCAGCGACAACCAUGGUAUCAAGCCCCCCACCCCAGAGCAGUACCUCACCCCGCUGCAACAGAAGGAGGUGUGCAUCCGCCACCUGAAGGCCCGGCUGAAGGACACGCAGGACCGGCUGCAGGACCGGGACACAGAAAUCGAUGACCUGAAGACUCAGCUGUCACGCAUGCAGGAGGACUGGAUUGAGGAGGAGUGCCACCGCGUGGAGGCCCAGCUGGCCUUGAAGGAAGCCCGCAAGGAGAUCAAGCAGCUCAAACAGGUCAUCGACACAGUCAAGAACAACCUGAUGGAUAAAGACAAGGGGCUGCAGAAGUACUUUGUGGACAUCAACAUCCAAAACAAGAAGCUGGAGACACUGCUACACAACAUGGAAGUGGCCCAGAACGGCACCACCAAGGAGGACUGUGCUGGGGAGUCAGCUGGCGGCUCCCCUGCACGCUCCCUCACCCGAAGUUCCACCUACACCAAGCUGAGUGACCCAGCUGUCUGUGGCGACCGCCCCCCUAGUGACCAGCCUGGUGUCUCCAUCGAGGAUGGUACUGAUAGUGGCUUCGUGACAACUGAGGAUACCCUGAGCCGGGCGGACGCACUGGAGGCCAGCAGCCUGAUGUCAUCAGGGGUUGACUGUGGCCCUGAGGAAACCCUGCUGCAGGGCUCCUUCAGCCUGGGCCCCCGCUUCCCUGCCAGUAACACCUAUGAGAAGCUUCUGUGUGGCAUGGAGGCCAGCAUGCAGGCCAGCUGCAUGCAGGAGCGAGCCAUACAGACAGACUUCGUGCAGUAUCAGCCUGACCUGGAUGCCAUCCUGGAGAAAGUGACCAAGGCCCAGAUCUGUGGGACAGUCCCUGAGUCAGGAGACAGGUGCCAGGAACUGGAGCCCCAUACCAUAGGAUCCAGAGACCCCAGUUCAGCAGUGGUGGUGACUGUGGGUGAUGAGCAUGAGGCCGUGGAGCCCGUCACCCAAGGGCCCACCCCACUCCAGCCUGAUGCCAACCCCAAUCCCAGCCUGUCGGUGAGCGUGGCGUGCCCCGUGGAGGAGGAGGAAGAGUCAGCCACAGCCGAGAAGGAGCCCAAGAGCUACUGGAGCCGCCACUACAUUGUAGAUCUGCUGGCUGUGGUGGUGCCAGCUGUGCCCACCGUGGCCUGGCUCUGCCGCUCCCAGAGGCGCCAGGGCCAACCCAUCUAUAACAUCAGCUCCCUGCUGCGGGGCUGCUGCACCGUGGCCUUGCACUCCAUCCGCAGGAUCAGCUGCCGUGCACUGAGUCAGCCGGGUCCGAGCACCACGGGCAGCAGCUCCCAGCUUUGAGCAGGCCCAUGCCACCCAGCAGCCCCUGAGGCCUGACCACUGAUUGUAGGGGUGCCAUUCUCCCUCUCACACAUUCCCUUAGGGCAUCGUCUUAUUUCUUUAGGUUGGGGUUUGGAAGUUGUUGUUUUUUACCAGGGUGUCAGGAGCUGCAAGGAAGGGUUAGGGGAGAGGAUCCCAAAACCCUUGGCAGGUGAGAAGUGAAGAGAGACCUCAAGGCACAGAGGCACGCUGAUGGAAACUGCUGAGAGAAGAGGUGGUGAGGCUCCCCAGGCAGGCCCCCCCAUCCCUAUCCCUGCCCACACAGCCCUGUACACAGGGCAGACCCUGCUCAGGAAGUCUCUGAUGUGUUGAUCUCAGGCCCUUGGGAGCCCUCUCUCACCUCCCUACCCCAUGCAUCCUGUCUAGCUUCCUGCUCAAUUCAAGCUUUUGCUACCAAGCCAUCCCUUACACCCCACCCCCACCCAGGCUUCCAGUGUUAUCUCCCCAGGUUGGCAGCUGGAGCCCAAAGUAUAGACAACUGACCAGGGUUCCAAGUAAGGUCUGGCAGUGAAGGGCCUGGGUUGGGUCUCCCCACUUUGGGAUUCAGAGAAUAGAUUCAAGACCUUAGGCCAGAGGAAAGAUGGCAAAGGGCAAGAGGUGGCAGAGGACGGUGUGGGUUCUGUGUAUGUCUUUCGUCCUGGUCCUUCCCCAUACUCCUCCAUCCCCUUGACGUAUCUGGAUAUGUCCUAUCAAUUCUUCCUGUGAGAGCUAGGCUGGGUGACUCUUGGCUAAGGUGGAAAUCUCACCUGUGCCCCGCCUCCUGUCUGGGGAAUUUGCCAGCACAGGAGGAGACAGGGACUUGGAGCUCAAGAGGGAUCCUCCAGCCUUCAGAUGUGACGUCUCUUGGCCUAGGAGGCAGGGCUGGACUCAGCAAACCUCAACUAGUUUGAAAAGCCAGAGGCCAGGAUGGGCCCUAGAGAGCUCACCCCAAGUUUCUUUGGGGACCUCGGGGCCAAACUUCUGCUUUGCACUAUUCACUUUGGGGCUUGGUCGUCAAGCUUUUCAGCAUCUCCAGUGAGGGGAUGGCCUGCUUUCUAGGGCAAAGUUUUCUAAGUCUUAGCCCUGUCUGCCUCUUGCCGGGUCUGGAGGAAUCCUAGUAGGGUGGAAAGCAAGAAGGGGCGCUGGAGCUGUGAUGUUCACCCAGGUCAGAGUGGAGUGGCCUGGGAUGAUUCCCAAUCUGGAGCACAGUGGUCAGGUAUCCUGUAGUUUCCUAGCUCCUAUUUCCCCGAGCCCAGCUUACCAGACCCCUGCCCCUUUCCUGGGAUCAUAUCUGGGAGCCUAGUAAAGCUGCUAACAUUUUAUUCCCAUUGCUGUUUUACAGAGUGAACCUGUCCCUCUCCCCUCACAGAAUUUAGACCCAUCUGGCCAUCCCACCCACUCUACACAGUUGGGGAGGUCCCAUAUUUGGGGAGGUAGGGAACUCUGUCUCACUCAUCCUUCUGGCCUCAAGGCCCCUCUGGUUCUCUUCCAAGGUUGCUUGUCUGCCCCCACUGCUGUGCACCCAAUGCCUGCCUCAUGGGCUCCGCCCUUAUCUGCCCUUCCUCUGCCUACUGCUAAGGAGGGUAUCUACAUGCCCCAAGGAUGGGCAGCCAGCCCAGUUAGCUGGGCAAGAGCCCCUUCCACCUCGCACUUUGUACCUCCAGAGCUCCUCAACCCUGCACCUAGUUUGGGGCCUCAAACCAGCCAUCCUUUCUGAAGCAUACCCCUCACCUGCCCGCACACCUCAGCCAAACUAAGGCUGAACUCCUGGGCCCUGGCUGGGGCUGCCCCGCAGGAUACUGAGGGUGUGACAUCGAGGGGCUGUGGACAACACAAUCCAAAGCCAAGCCAGGACUGGCCGUGGACCCAGCCUCCCAUGCUGUGUACUCAUGGAACUACGAAGUUUCUCCUUAGACAUAGUCAAAGCUUUGCUGAGAGAAUAAACAUAUGACUAUAUUUGACAACAUAAAUCUAUAUUUUUCACCACUGGAAUCCAGUCAAGCUGUGUAGCCCCUUCACUCCUGUCUGCAUCUUGCUGUCUGUGACUUUCCUAUCGUGUCUUGUGUUUGACGACUAUGGUUAAUACUGGGGCCAUAGUCCACUCUGUCUCCACUACUGGAGAAGCCACUCACACAGGGAUGUCCUGGGCCUGGAUCUGAGGCCGUGGGCAAGGGAAGCGGGGCCAGCUGUCCCCCUAGAGUCUUACUCUGGCCCUGCUCCUGCCUGUCUGGAUCACAAGAGGUAUCACUCACAUGGCUGUGGGUUCUCUCUUGGAGGAGGGCUCCUGGAGCCCUCAGUGGUCUUUUCAGUGGAGAUAACUCACAGUUUUAGCCUGGGGACAGACCCUGGGGCCACAGUGAGUGACCCUGGGGUGUGUGUGUGUGUGUGUGUGUGUGUGUGUAUGUGUUGAUAUCCACAUCUAUGCAAUGGUGCAGCACUGCCUGUGCAGUCCUCUGUGGAGGUGCUGAGGCCUGCUGGCUCAGGCUGCUGAACACAGGCUGGGGCUGGAGGGGGAGAUUAGGGCUGGGCGUCCAGUGAGUGCUCAUCCUCCAAAGCAUCCCUUUCCUUCCCACUUCAUCCAUCCUCCUGUUGGUUGUGAGCUUCUGCCCUGCCCUUAGCUUCAGGAGCAGAAAUCUUUGUGAAGUCCCCAGUGUCAGCCUCCAGCCAGAGCCAAUCAUAUCUAAAAGAGCAGUGUUCCCAGGAAUUGACUUCUCGAACUGCAGGGUCCUUGAAGCCUAGCAGCUGGAAAUGGCUUCUGCUUGGUUUUGGACUGGCCCAGAGUGCCCUGUGUGCCUCUGGACCAACUACUGCAGGAAUAAGAGUCAGGCUGGACUCUGCAUAGAGAGCUAGCCUCAAGUGGAGUUUACUCCAAUUAUCUCCCAACAGGAUAACUUAGCUUUUCACUGUUCCCAGACACCUUUAGCAUCUGACAGCACCUUGGGGAGGGUGGGUAAGUGACACAGUUCUGGGCAAAGACCUCCAGAGGUGCCUCUGCCAUGCAAACUCACAACCAGUCCCCUGCUGCUGACCUCAGGGGACAAUAAAAUGAGCGCACUGACACUCACAGUAGGCCGUCCCCUUACAAAGAUGUCAGGGGAUGUGGGCAGAGGGGCUGAUGGUGGGAUCUUCAUUUUUGUCUCCUUUGUCCUUUUGUUCAGACAGAGUUGUACCUGCAGCAGACUGCUCUGAAUUAAAGCAUGAAAACACAGCAACA